CCAGGGUCCAUCUAGCCCAGUAUCCAGUCUGCUCUGCUCUGUGCCUCAGUUUCCCAUCUCGAAAAGGGGGAUAAUGCUACAAACCUCUUUUGUAAAGUGCUUUGAGAGCUACUGAUUGAAGAUGUUAAUAAGAGGCUUCUCCGAGGAAGAGGAGGCUCAGAAAGACAAAAAAGAAAGCGAAAGGUAAGCAGCCCCUCACCCCACAGCUGCGGUGGCAGACUCAGGCCCCAUGCAAAGCAGAGAAAUAGGGUCUAUUCCCCCACCUGCCUCCCCUCUUCCUGCGAAGGCACAGUCGUGCCCAGAGCCGUGCGGUGGCACUGGCUGGGGCUCCAUUCACAGGCUGCCUCUGAAAUCUGGGGCAGAGGGUGCCCAAGCAGCUCAAUGUCUCCUUUAUGUCUCACUUCUGGCAGCUUUUGGACGCUGUGUGCAAGAGUUGGAGGAGGCUGGUGCAUCCCCAGAGACGUGCUGCCCUGUGCCCCUGGAGAAGCUCCCCUUGGCUCAGCGCCUCAGGCUCGUUGAGAGGAGGCUACAGUACGUGGGCAGACACCUGGAUGCAGUUCUGAUACCAUCGAGUGUGGCGACAGCCACGAUGAGCCAGUUCUCCUAUUCCGCUAUGGAAUCCACCACCUCUGCCCUCUGGAGUUCCAGCUCUUUUUCCCUGAGAGAAGCCGCCAUCAUUCAGUCGGAGCCCCUCUGCCACACAGGGGAGAUCAUGCCUGUCGCGAGCUGGGAAGGAUCCACUCAUCCCAUCCAAGCCCAGCCUCUCUCCAGGCCUCCUGCCCACAGCAGACGAGACCGGGGAGAGCAGACCAUGGGUCUGGACCAGACUUCAGUCCAUAGCUCAGACUUCAACAUCCGGCAGAAGCAUCUGCAGAGGCGACUGGGGGCUCCACAAACCCCCAUCCCGGGGGAGCCAUUGCUGGGUGAGGGGGACACCAAGCAGCAAUUGGAAGUAGACCCAGAUCCGCCCAAAUGUGGAUUUCCAGCAAAGGUCCCGGAGACCUUCAGAUCCAACACCAGCCCUCAGCGUGCACAGGAGAUCCAGGAGCCAUGUGUCUGCCCCUGGGGACCCCUGCCCCAAAAGGCCCACAGGAUCAUGGCAUCUUCUGAUGCCAUCCUGGCCACGCUUGUGCCCACAGCGGUGGUCAAGCUGCAGGAUCACGUGGCUCAGAAAUGCUGGCAGAUCCAAACGAAGGCCUUUCCUAAGAUGGUGCGAGAGUCGCACAGAGAUGCUCCCCUCCGGAGAGAGACUGCCCUGCCUGGGCCACUCCACCAGCGUAGGGAGCCAGGCAAGCACAGGACAGUGGCAUUCCCAAUGAUGGGACAACAGCCUGCCCACCCCAUCAAACUCCACAUAAGGCAUCAGCAUCCGGUCAUGCAGAGGGGGCUGCUCACCCUGGACCCAGAGCCCCUGGCAAAGCUGCCUCACACCGUCCCAGCCAGGGGAGCCCGUGUGGAGUUCAGGGAGAUGGAGACCGAUUUCCUGCAGACGGGGAGGCGAAGCACAAGCUCCUGUUCUUCCACACGUCCUCCAACGCCAGUGGAAGAUAUCACCAUGGAGACGGGCAGGAAUGAUGGCGCGGCAGGAAAGCAGACUAACCCACAGCGCUGCACUCUGCCAGCAGGGGUUGGUCUGACAUCGCCACCUCCAGGAACCACAGUAGCAGAGAAGACACUCGCAGCGACACUCCAAAUGUAUAGGAGCGAGUUGAGAAAGCCCCUUACCAGUGUGAGCGGCACCAAAGGGACUGAAGAGAAGCUGGAGCUGCACAUGGAGAGGAAGGUUCUCUUGGGAGAAGGCUCCUGCCUGCAGCCAGGGGCACAAGCAGGUGAGAGCAGGGCAGAUCCUCCCAGGACCCAAUGGCACCAGGUUGCCCCAGAGGCACCAGGCUCUGAGCAGCUAACAAGAUCCACCCUUGACUCUCUCCUUGCUGGGCAGGCUGCACACGACCUGCAGAUCAAGCAGCUGACGGAAAUGUUGAGCAGCUCCCGCCCCUUGGCGGGCCAGGUCUCAGUUUGCCAGCAGUGCCGCAAGGCAUAUCCAGGAAAGAGGAAGGGUGAGAAAACUCCAAAGGAGACAUUUGCUGAGCUUCAUGGUGUUCGAGACAUCAUGCAUUCACAUGGGUUCAAUGGAACUGUGAAUUCAAAGCUCUCCAGGGACCAGCCACCAAUCAGAGUCUGCGAGAAGUGUGGUAAGCAUCGACAAAAGAGACCAGCUGGCUCUGCAGGUGCUGACUUGCCGGGAAGAUCCCAUGGAAUUCCACAGCGAUGGACUCCAGGAUACUCCUCAGCAUCAUCCAACCGCAAUAAGAUGCCAGUGCUGUGGCUCCUUCCAGCAGACAAGAGCAAGACGCAGGAUGGAAUGGGGAAAUGGGCUCCCCGCAAGCAACCAAAGAUGGUGUCCAUUGCAACGAGUACAACAGGGCUUUUGCAAGCUGGGGAGAAAGCAAGUUGGAGUCCUGACGGUUCUCCCUCAAAGUCACCAAAGGCCUCCAGAGCUAGGACACCAUCCCCUUCAAGGAGCAAAGUUCUCCAAAAGAUGUUCAUGUGCCUGAAGCAAACCUUCAGCAAGCUGCAACACAAAGUGAAGUCCCGAAUGUCCAAGGACCCUCGAUCCAGAACACCUGACACUAAAUUUACAAAGCCACCCUUUUGGAAGGCAAUGGCCUCCAAGGGUGUCCGGUUUCCAUACUACUGAAUAUCACACUGCCAGCAUGCCCAAUACUAGAAAAGGCCCACAAAUUCCAACCUCUCCCUAUCAUCCAGUGGGCCCGGUAAGCAUGGGCUAAAGUGGCUGAGAAGAAUGGCUUGUUGUCCUGGGACACAGAGACUGAUAUAUAAGUGUCUCUCCUUGGGGUAUGACAUUUAAACCGAGAUUCCAAGAUGAAGGGGGGCCUGGGAGCUUGGAUGAGAUUGAGCGUUCAAGAAUCAAUCCUUCCUUCAAGAAGAGCUGACACUAAAUUUACAAAGCCACCCUUUUGGAAGGCAAGGGCCUCAAAGUGUGUCCAGUAGUACUAUUAGGGCCCUACCAUCAAUCAAACACAAACCGGCCCUUUGACUCCUAAAACCCCGCCCCUUGACCCCUUAAACCCCGCCCACCUAUCACCAGAAGUCCCACCCACAGGGUAUUACUUCCAGGGUCAAGGAGGACACAUGACCGGAAGCAAAGUAUGUCAUGUGACCCCUCUAAGAACUCCUCCCACUGCCCUCUACCAAUCAGGAGAGGUUUCGCCCUCAUAGGCCUACCCGGAGAGGGGAUUUGACCAAUCAGGGGUGUUCCAGGGUGGGGUAACCCAUCCGGAUGUGGCUCGUGUGACCCCUCUAAGAACUCCUCCCACUGCACUCUACCCAUCGCGAUGGGUUUUGGCCGCAUAGGACCAACCUGAGAGCAGAUUUGACCAAUCGGUGGUGUUCCGGGACGGGGUGACCUGUCCAGAUGAGGGUCGUGUGACCCUUCUAAGAACUCCUCCCAGCGCCCUCUGCCAGUCAGAGCGCAACACUAUCACCCCAUAAGUCCCAGCACCAGGGCAGAAGAGGCCAUCUUUUACCAAGGACGCGUGCUUUAGAAAUCGUGGAAGCAUGGACUCCUUCACCACCCCGUGAGUACUUUGGACUUUGUGUUAGCCCCGAGGGCCUUUGGACUUGUGUGGAGAAAGCGCUACAUGAGCGACAGUUCCCACAAGGGACCUUUGACUCAGCCAUUGAUGGAUACGCUGGAACCCGAAACCCAAACUCUCGUGAGGCACACCGAUGAGUGUGAUGGCCUCUCAUUUUCCACCCCCCUAGAGGUGGAAGGUGAACGCAGAUCAGGGGAAUCAUCGGAGGACAAGGUGAACGGAAAAGACAUUGCUCAGCUUGACGAUGCCUUUCUAGAGGACCCAGAGGCCCUGGACAGCAUUGCAUCAAGCAGCGAAGAUGAACCGGGCUCUCCUUGUUUUUGCUCAAUGCCGGUACAAAUUGUUGAAGAGGACUCCAAGGAUGACGGCUAUGAGGAGCUUAGGAGACUUGGCAUGGAACUAACUGAGCCAAGGCCACGUCGUGAGCGUAAAGAAGUCAUGCAGACUAUUGUACGUGUUGCUGUUUAUGCUGUCCUUAAUCAGUGCCUUAGGGAAAAGCUUUUUGAAGAUUGUGAGGGCUGUGUCAUAGAUGCGGCAGCCCAACGGCACCAUGACUGUGUGACUUGGACUUCAGUAGAUCUAAACUUCAAGCCCCGGUGCCUGUGUGCUGAGUUAUAUUUGGAAAACUUAUUAAACACUGUUCUUGCCAUAGGUUACGCUCCGCAAUGUCUGUGCCUACCCAAGAACAUUUAGCGUAAGGGGUGACCUUGAUAAAUGCAAUUUAGUGCAGACCCUGGCCGUGUUUUAAAGAAAAUGACCAAACCGGAAGAUGCCUGUGUCGCAUUCUUGACUUGAACUGGGACCGUAUAGAAUAUGAUUGCAACCAAGGUCCUGUAGUGGCACCAAAUCUUUUGUAAAGGGGGUCAUAUAAGGGGUCUAAGACCAGGUUAUGGGUUGCUGGUUAUGA